AUGUUGACGCGCUUGGAUAAGCAUGUAGUUUUUCGCUUGAUAGGUAUCCGGACUCGCGUGUUUACCAUGUAUUCCGGUAACAAUCCGGUCGAUUCCCGCGCAAAUGUAGAAAAUGUGCUCAUUGAAUCUAGAUCGUUGGAUCGCAUUAGAUCUAACGACACUAUAGUUGUGCUUCGGCGUUGUGGUGCUAUGUAUGCCACGGUCGCUACACUUAAGUUAAAGGGGGAUGUGCUGCUAGAAAAACUUGCUCGAGCUGAGGUGGAAGGCAGGGUUGCAGUUACGAAGGUGGUCGAACUCUCUUCUCUCCAUGAGGCGGAGGUAGCGGCGAAGAUAGCAAUCGAAAGGGAGCUGGUCGAGAUCAAUAACUAUUUUUCAGGACAAAUUGUUCUAUGGGAGGGAUUAUACCUUCAAGCUUUGUUCAUUCUCUUAUUGGUUGAAUAA